AUGGAUGCUCCCGAAGUGAGGAAGGAGUCUACUGGAUGCCUCUGCAUUAUCAGAUAUUUUUGCCAAUACAUUGCGGAAUUAUACUGCAGACAUCUCUCACAGCAUAGGUUCACUAAGUCUAGUCUGUGCAGUGGUGGUUCUUCUGUGGACUUGGAAGAGAGAGCCUGUCUAGUAUACUGCAGACAUCUCUCACAGCAUAGGUUCACUAAGUCUAGUCUGUGCAGUGGUGGUUCUUCUGUGGACUUGGAAGAGAGAGCCUGUCUAGUAUACUGCAGACAUCUCUCACAGCAUAGGUUCACUAAGUCUAGUCUGUGCAGUGGUGGUUCUUCUGUGGACUUGGAAGAGAGAGCCUGUCUAGUAUACUGCAGACAUCUCUCACAGCAUAGGUUCACUAAGUCUAGUCUGUGCAGUGGUGGUUCUUCUGUGGACUUGGAAGAGAGAGCCUGUCUAGUAUACUGCAGACAUCUCUCACAGCAUAGGUUCACUAAGUCUAGUCUGUGCAGUGGUGGUUCUUCUGUGGACUUGGAAGAGAGAGCCUGUCUAGUAUACUGCAGACAUCUCUCACAGCAUAGGUUCACUAAGUCUAGUCUGUGCAGUGGUGGUUCUUCUGUGGACUUGGAAGAGAGAGCCUGUCUAGUAUACUGCAGACAUCUCUCACAGCAUAGGUUCACUAAGUCUAGUCUGUGCAGUGGUGGUUCUUCUGUGGACUUGGAAGAGAGAGCCUGUCUAGUAUACUGCAGACAUCUCUCACAGCAUAGGUUCACUAAGUCUAGUCUGUGCAGUGGUGGUUCUUCUGUGGACUUGGAAGAGAGAGCCUGUCUAGUAUACUGCAGACAUCUCUCACAGCAUAGGUUCACUAAGUCUAGUCUGUGCAGUGGUGGUUCUUCUGUGGACUUGGAAGAGAGAGCCUGUCUAGGUCACGUCAUUGGCUGGGACCAGAUGGCAGAGAUACAGACAUUGCAACAGAGAUGGGUGGACAUAAUUUCUCAGCCGGAAGACCUGUUUUGGGAUUUGCCUAAUAUUGAGACCCUGGUGCUGGUGGAAAAGGGUCAAGCUAGUUGGAAGAGAAAGCAACCAGCAAACUGCAAGCAGGUGGCUAGAGGGAAGGGAGCACAUCAUUUGCAGUCAAGAGGCAUAGUCCCAAUGGAGGCUGCAUCUGUUGGAACAGUGCAUGCUGCUCCUGCAGAGGGGAACUCCUUUAAUGAUUUUAUUUCAGUAGACAAUGUUAAGGUGCAUUAUGCGUCUUUGGAUAACAUGGUGCAGAUCAUUAGAGGGUUUAAAGAUCCAUGGUUGGUGAAGGUGGAUAUUGAAUCUGCAUUUCGACUUCUGCAGCAGCACAACAUCCUGCCCAACCACAAUGGCAUGGCCUGUCAGCCCCCUACAGAUGGCAGCAGCAGGCCGCCACCUCCUGUACUAGAGACACACAGUACAUCUGGGUUCCAGCCUGACAUAGCUGCCUUAAUGCCUCCUAGUACCCUACCUGCACCAUCUCCCGCAGGUAGUCUUGCAGUGCAGGAUGGCACAGUGGUACCUGCAGGUAGUAAAGGUGAUGCUUUUGUCACCUUUCAGGAGCUGGCAGAGUUUGUAGGGUAG